AUGUUUCGACUUGGUCUUUCGUUCACCAAUCCGCCAUUAUUCGUUCCAUCUCAUUUUCGCUUCCUCUCUCUAUUUCCCACCCACUUUCUUCGUCUGUAUUUUCUUUUCUCUCCCGCCUCUCCCACUGUUUCCAUUCACCUCUUUUUUCAUUUCAUUGUAUGUCUCUAUAUACUUUUUUCUCUCUUUAUACCCUCCCUCUUUCUGGUCCUUCCUCUCCAUAGUCAUUCCCUCUUUACUAAUUCUUUACCCUCGAUAUCUUCCUUUCUCUCUGUUUGUAUCUAUAUUUCCUCGCUGUGUCUCUUCGUAAUACUUCGCCACUUUCUUUCCUUUCUCCUACUCUACGUGAUUUCCCAUUUCUCUCUAUCCAUCCAGCCAUUCUCUAUACAUUAUUCCCUCUUCCUCUCUAUUCCUGUAUAUCGAUUGACCCUCUCCUGGUAUACGUUAUCUAUUCUCUCCGUCAUACUCUCAAUCUAUAUUAAUUUCUCUCCUCUCUGGCGAUUUCUACUUCUCUCUCCAUUACUUCACUCUCCUCUUAACUACUCUCUCUAUAUCUGUUUCUCUUUCUCUCUAUUUGAACUCUCCCCAGGGACUAUUUUCUUAUCCAUCAAUGUGCUUUCUUUCUUUCUUUCUUUCUUUCUUUCUUUCUUUUUCUUCUAUUCUUUCUUUCUUUCUUUCUUUCUUUCUUUCUUUCUUUCAGAUGACUUUAUUUUCCACUUUAUUUUCCUCUAUUAUAAUUGCGCUUUCCUUCUUUCUUUCUUUUUUAGAAAGAAAAAAAGAAAGAAAGAAAGCACAAUUAUAAUAGAGGAAAUUACUUACUUAAUUACUUACUGUAUUACAUUUGCCUUUCUUUUAAAUGCCUAUCGUUUUCUUUUCCCAUCUUUCUUUCUUUCUUUCUUUCUUUCUUUCUUUCUUUCUUUCUUUCUUUGUUUUUCUUAG